AUGUCCAGACAGAGGAAGGAACUGCAGGAUCUGGAACCACGAACAUUCCAGAUCAUCGAGGAGGAAGUGACAUCACUCGAUCCGUCCCGAUCAGAAACCAUCCAUCAGUCAGAACUCACAUGUCUGUUCCUCAGACUGCAGCUCCCUCUGAAGCUCACUACACUGGGCUGUAUGUUCCACUCCUUCAGUAACACCAGCGACCCGGAGCAGGUGCACUAUCAAGACUUGCUGCAGUUCAUACAGAAAGCUGUACAAGAAGACAAACAGCAAAGUGUUGAGGCAGAGAUCUGGGAUGUGUCAGUGGCCAGUACUGACCUGGAAUCAGUGAGCGACAGAAGCGAAGCCAAUGCAGAACAAAAAGAAACAUGGCUUCAGAGGUUCCAGAAGAUGGAGAUGGCCUUAAAAAUGUGUGACACCCAAAACACAGGUCACUUGGACAGAGACCAAGCCAAACGCCUGCUACAGAACUACAGCCUCAUCUUUGAUCUGAAUCUGAGUCCUCUGAAGGUCAGCGAGAUCACGCGUAACACUCAGAGAGAGGGCAAAGUUCACCUCGCAUCAGCUCUGCAGAAACUGAAGGAACUACACACUGCUUAACCUUUCCUUAAACACAAGCAAAUGCUACAGAAUUCCAGUAAUCUUUAAUAAACACUGUCUGGAAAUUUUAACAAUGACAAAAAAAAAAAAAAAUUAUACAAUUUUUUCAA